AUGCCCUCGAGCGCGGGCCGCGGCUCGGUCCCGGGACCGGCGUCGGCGAUGGAUUUCUUGCGACGGACCCGACCGGGGUUUCCGUCGGGGUUGGAGGUGGUCAUCGUGGGCGAACGGUCGAGCGAUAGGGAGGGCGCGACGACGCUGUUGGAGAAGGCGUCGUAUAGAGUGACGGUGUUGGAUUCGUUGGACGAAUGCGCGCGGUCGCUCACGAGCGAACCGGCGCCGAGGCGAGACGUCGUGUUGGUCGAGGCGAAGAUGCUGCGUUCCUGUCUGAGUGAUAAAAACAGCGUGUGCGCGUGCAAGUUUCCGAGUAUUUCUGAAAAGGCGGCGAUCGUCAUCUUACAGAGGGAUGAUAGCGACGCGAAGGAACAGGAAUUCAUCGCGCACGCGCUUGCGAACGGCGCGGCGGGCAUCUUACGUUAUCCGCUCAUGAAGAAAAACGUGGCCAACCUGUGGCAGCACGCGGUGCGAAAAAUGAUAACGUCGUCAGGCGAUGAGAAGAUGCUCGCAGUUUUGAAGCGAUCUUCGAGCAGUUCGAACGUGCACAAUUUCGAACGGCCGUUCUGCCGAGGGAUAAACGUGCUCGACACUCAGGCGUACGGCGAGUCUGUUCUCCGCUCGCCGACGCCACCGAUGAGCUUGGAGGCGAUGAACGCGAGACAAGCGCAGUUAUUAGCGGAGAGUGAACUGCGCAAGGCUAAAGUUGUCGCAGCGGUCGCGGCGAAGCAGCAGAAGGCUAAAUCUAAGACGGCGGCAAAUGGCAAGAGCGCGCAGGAUGGAGUAAAGCGAUCCGCGGCGAGGAAGAAGGCACAGGCCCGUGACAAUAUUUCAGUGCUCUCAGGGAGCUCACCCGACGACUCCGCGUUCAUGAACGCCUUCAGCGACCUUCCGAGAAGUCUAGCGACUUCGAAUGCGCUCGAUGACAUGCCCAUCGGUUUGCAUCUCAACAGCGACAGCUUCAGCCUGAAGCUGCAGAAGUUGAACCCCGAGGUGGAUUCAGAGGCGCUUAAGACGGCGAUGUACGCUCCGUUCGGUCCGGACGGGUCGUAUCCAGGCGUAUCCGCCGGUUUCUCCACAACCUUCGGCGGUCCAGAGUCAAGCAUGGGAGACGACUACGACGCUCUUGAUUACGUGUUGAACUCGGACGAUAUUUCGCUCACUGAGCCCAUUGAUGACGAGAUGAUUUACCAGGCGCUGGCUCAGUAG